UCGCUGGCGCCUGUGUAAGCUGACCCGGAAACGGCGUGCUGUGGCGUCCACAGUUGCCAUAGAAGAGUAGUGCGGGAGGGGUGACGGAUUGUGUCUUUCUUCCUGCAUGGGAUCAUGUCCGCAUUGCGCUGGACUCGCUCACUUCAACUGACUUUAGCAGUUAUUAAGCCUGACGCUGUGGCCCAUCCAAUUAUAUCUGAAGCUGUACAUCAGAAGAUACUGAAUAACAAUUUCUUAAUUGUAAGAAGUAAGGAACUUAAAUGGCGGAUUGCUGAUUCUCAGAGUUUCUACCAUGAACACACAGGACGAUUCUUUUAUCAACGAUUGGUGGAAUUCAUGUCUAGUGGCCCUAUGAGGGCAUACAUUCUGGCACAUGAGGAUGCUAUCCAGCUGUGGAGGAAGGUCAUGGGUCCAACAAAGGUCUUUAAAGCACGAAUUGAUGCUCCAGAAACUGUCCGGGGAGAAUUGGGACUUACUGAUACCCGCAACACCACUCAUGGAUCAGAUUCUGUAGACUCGGCCUGUCGAGAAAUCUCAAUUUUCUUCCCUGACUUUAAUGUAAGUCGCUGGUAUGAAGAAGAGGAGCCUCUUUACAGGGCUGGGCCAUUAUGCUACGAUGAAGAGAAACUGGAGCAUCGGCUUGUAAACCAGUGAGAGUAACAUGAGGCCUUGCACUGUGGAAUGCACUACAGCCAAUGUUUCACCAAUGGCCUUAUGCUGGAGAUAUGUUUCCAAUAAAAACAGCAAGAAAAUUCAACACUCAAAGCGAAAUAAUGGAAAGAGCUAAAAAAACAGAAGGUGACAUCAGAAAUCCGGAAGUGGUCUAUGGGAUAU